UUGUAAUAAAUUGAGCACAAUGUCAUCGUCUACAAGAGAAAGUCGGCCAGAGCGUGGCUGGUCCUGCAGUUCGAAACCACCACAGCUGGAUUUUACAAGCUAUUUUUUUUAUGGUGCGAAAAGCUGGCGUACAGUCGUGGUAAACAUCGUGAAUAUUUUUGCAACAUUUUGCACCGUUACAUCUUCCCAGAAUUCAAGCAACAUGAAAUAACGCGCAGAUAAACCUGUUGCUCGCUUAUUAUCAAAAUCUUUUAUUGCGUUGUAAAAGCUGGCAAAACACGAAUGUACCAAAACACAAAUGUCCGCUGUUGAAAUAACAAUUGAAUAUCGCCAUCUUUAUCUCGCCGAUAUAUGACACUUGUAAACAAAUAAUUUAUCUUUUAGAAUCGGGCACGACCUUUUUGCACUGAUCCAAUAUCCACAAUUUGGACAAACCAUCUAAAUCUUCUCGCAACAGUCGAGAUCUGAAAUGUAUCCAUGAUCUACAUAAAUUAAUCGCAUCUUUGUUUACCUUAGAUAAGAAACGCACAUAUAUAUGUAAUUCUGACCUGAUGCAAUAGUGACACAGAAUAUAGUAUUUAAGCCAUCACCAAGAAGCGUUCGUCGCCAUUGUUCACGUCCCAUCGAAGCACGCUCUUAGGUAUGGUAAACAUAAUCACCCAUAUAUGAAAUCAUUCUCUAGAUUCCAGUAUUUUCGCUAAUGCUUGGCUAUUACAUUAUUUCUGAUCUUUUACAUCUUACCACAUAAUAUACACAUCUAUGCUAUAAGUUUACUGAUACCACAUAGAUUUCUCUUCUGUAUUUGUGAAGUGUUAAAAAUAGUUAGCUUUCUCAUCAGUGAGUUAAGUUUAGGUUGAGCUGUAUAAAAAUGAGAUUUGCAAGAUGAAGAGUAAUCAUAAUGUGAAUUUCAUUGAAUUAUUUUGCGAAUAUCUAUCUUGGAAACAAAAGUCGAGCACCACCGCGCUGGUAGCACGUAUAUGAAAAAGUUGUUCAAAAUGUUAAUUUUGACAAUAUGUAUUAAGGUCAUCAAAAUUAAUGAGCUGUACUCUUCUUAGAAUAAUUAGCAAACAAGAUAUUUGUUUCUACAAACUUUGCUACAAACCAUUGGAGUAUAGUAGAUUGAAGAAUGUAAGAAGCAAAUACCGAUCGUGUCUGAAGAGAUAAAUAAGGAUAAUACGCGUUUAUUAAUAAUUCUCUGUUAUUUAAUACCAUAGAUAGAUAGCGGAAAUAGAAGAACAAAAUGGAUGUCAAACGCAUCAUUUUCGGAGGGAUGAAAUCACAACCGAUCACAUCGAUCAUUUCGAUGCUCGUAAGCAUGUCGCUAUACGCCAUCUAUUCGAUUGUUCCUUACUCUUCGACGAAUGUUCCUUCCAAAUCCAUAUUGCCAGCUUACGAUUUCAUAGUCGUGGGCGGUGGUUCUGCAGGAGCCGUGGUGGCAAGUCGCUUGUCCGAAAUAGAAAAUUGGAACGUACUCCUGCUGGAAGCAGGUGGCGAUGGAAGUGCUGUCUAUGAUAUUCCUUCUCUUGCCGACAAUCUGCAGCUCACCAAAAUCGAUUGGGAUUACAGAACGGAACCCAAUGAAAAUUACUGUCGAGCGAUGGAGAAUGGUCGUUGCCGCUGGCCACGUGGCAAGGUGCUUGGAGGUAGCAGCGGAAUAAACUCCAUGCUUUAUAUUCGUGGUGCCAAAAAAGACUACGACAUCUGGGAACAACAAGGAAAUCCAGGAUGGUCGUAUAAGGAUGUGCUGCCUUAUUUCCUCAAAUCCGAAGACAAUCGAAAUCACAACUACGCCAAAACACCGUAUCAUUCGACCGGCGGGUACUUAACCGUCGAAGAACCACAAUGGCACAGUCCUCUGGCCGCUGCGUUCAUUCAAGCCGGCAAAGAAAUGGGUUACGAGAAUCGAGAUAUUAAUGGAGAACGGCACACUGGCUUUAUGACUCCUCAAGGGACCAUCAGAGAUGGCAGCCGCUGCUCCACGGCGAAAGCCUUCUUGCGGCCAGCCAGGACGCGUAAGAAUUUCCACGUCGCUAUGGAAGCGUUUGUUACUAAAAUUUUAAUAGAUUCGUCGUCGAAGAAGGCUUAUGGCGUAGAGUUCAUUAGAAACGGGGAGACGAUGCGCAUACGUGCCAACAAGGAGGUGAUCGUUUCCGGAGGAGCUAUCAAUAGUCCUCAGUUGUUGAUGUUGUCAGGAAUAGGACCUAAAGAACACUUAUCGGAACACGGUAUACCAAUGAUUCAGGAUUUAAGAGUGGGCCAUAACCUUCAAGAUCAUGUAGGAGUGGGAGGCCUUAUGUUCCUGGUGAAUGAAGAAAUUUCAGCCAUAGAGAGCAAGAUGACUAAUAUUAGUUAUAUCCUAGAAUACGCCAUGUCCGGUGAUAGUCCUUUGUCUACCUUAGCAACAGUGGAGGGAACAUGUUUUAUCAAUACCAAAUACGCGAAUGCCUCCGAGGACUUCCCAGACAUACAACUGCAUUUUAUGUCAUCGGGACCAAAUACCGAAGUUUUUAGGGAAGAUCGUGGGCUGACCAGAGAAUUCUACGACGCCGUAUAUGGAAAGCUUGGCGGUAGGGGCUCGUGGAGCGCGUUUCCCGCGCUUCUAAGACCAAAAAGCAGAGGUGUUAUCAAGCUUCGAAGCAACAAUCCGUUCGAUCAUCCAUUGAUUUAUCCGAAUUAUUUCAAGGAGCCAGAAGACAUGGCGACAUUGGUGGAAGGUACUAAGUUUGUGUUCGAAUUGAGUAAAACCGAUUCGUUUAAACGUUACGGGAGCAAAAUGAAUCCGACACCAUUUCCUGGCUGCAAGCAUAUUCCCAUGUAUAGCGAUCCUUUCUGGGAGUGCAUGGCCAGAUUUGCUCCCGUGACUAUAUAUCAUCCCGUGGGUACUUGCAAAAUGGGUCCUAAGUCGGACGCGAAAGCCGUGGUAGAUUCUCGGCUUCGGGUUUACGGGGUUGCUGGACUUCGAGUCAUAGAUGCCUCGAUUAUGCCAAACCAAGUGAGUGGUAAUACUAAUGCACCGACUAUUAUGAUUGGUGAAAAGGGUGCCGACAUGGUAAAAGAGGAUUGGUUGAAGAAACAGGGUUCGGAUUGAUUGCUACUUUUGUAAAUUCAUUUUAAGCGACUGCUAGUAGUAUACCAUUACGUAAUAAAAACUUACGGUUUUGAAUUGAAAAUAAAUUUUCAUUAUGUAUCGCCUAUGGCGGGGCACGGUUUAAAAUAUAGCCUUGUUUUAUAAAAUUGGACGAUCAAACGAAGCUAACGUAAGUGAAGUUCGAUUAUGAUUAUAUGAAGAAACCUCCUUCGAAUAUAUAUUGUAAUACUUCAUCUGUCCACUAGAUAUCAUAAUGUUUAAGGUAAUAUGAUCGCACGUACUUAAUUAGGAUAAGAAAAAUGUUUCGUACAUGUAUAAUAGUAUUGUGGCGGCACUCGGCAAUAAACUUUCCAACGGUUUCUGUCCCGUGGCUACACAAAGACCCUAUUCCUGCGGACAAAAUGAUUGUCAGACGCCGAUACAUUCUUACCGAAUAUUUUCAGUUAGCCUAAGGACCCGCUAUAAAUCUUAAGAUUUAUAUUAGCUAAGGUCCUCCAAAGGGACAAAUAGUCUUUGUUUUAUCAGUCUCUAAGUCUACCACUUACUACAGGAAAACACGAGAAAUCUGCUUUCUCUUGCGUACGACGCUUCCCGCUAGCAACUUCCUCUCAAAGGCAGUUAGCAUCUUUUUCCAACGACCAACACAAAAAUUGGCCAAUAAACAACGACGUCCAUUCCCCUCACUUUCCGAACCAAAGCUUUACUCAACGAAUCCGAUGAUCUCGCAUCCUUAGACACACCCCAUCACAGUUUUCCUUCGCAGAAUUAUCGUGACGGAAAGUCAGUCUUUUACAUGGAGUCUGUUACAUAGAGUCUUUGCAUAGAGUCGUUUACAUAGAGUCGGUACCCUUCGGUCGUUACCUACAGUUAUCACACAACGGUAGUUACAAUCGCACGGUCCGAGUCAAUCAACAAUCCAAGUCUUCGGCAUCUCGCGCAAUCAUCGCCGUCGCAUCAAAACACACCAACCAGUAGUCGAACUGUUAACCGCGAAUCGCGAUCCGUUAAUAGUAACCGCGAGUCCUGCGCAUCAGUGUACGCCCAGAAUAUAUUGUGAAUAAAUAUUUAUUGUUGAAUA